AUGCCGGUCAAUACAUAUAUGGGUAACAUACUGGCAUCUGAUAAAGAUGAAGGAUUAAAUGCUGAAUUGAGAUUCAUGUUGUUUCCAGAUCCAGUAUACCGCCUACACGAAAGGUUCAGACUUUUACCUAAUGGUUCACUGUACACAAAUGUUGAGUUGGAUAGAGAAGAGAAGGAUCAUUAUCGCCUCACAGUCGUUGUGAGUGACCAGUCACCUGAUGAACCAUUAACAACAACUGGAACUAUUGGCAUCAUUGUUCUGGACUUAAAUGAUAACCAACCCCAGUUUUUGAGUCCACAUGGACUUUUAAUUCCAAAUAACACACAACUCACUGGAUUCAAACGACAUAUGAAUAAGGGCAUCGUACUUUAUGACCAACCUUUUGAAGAUCACAAUUAUAAAGUAGUAAAGGGCAAUCAAAAGCGUAGUGAUCAAGAAUAUCAAAGUGAAUCAAGUCCGCUUACAGAUACAAAUACACAGUCUACGGCUCCUGAGCCAGUAGUUCGCCUAUCUGUUUACGAAAAACCUGAUCAAGUGAUAAGUAAACUGUAUGCUGAAGAUCCAGAUGCUGGAGACAAUGGGGCUGUAUUUUACUUGCUUGAAGAAUUUUAUGAUUUAUCAGUGGAUAAGAUCAAACCAAAUCCUCUCAUUAGAGUGCAGCCAGAGACUGGCGAAUUAAUAUUAAUACGUCAUAUGGCACCAAUUGAUUUGGGGUAUCACUUCUUUAAAGUGACCGCAUCUGACCGCGGGCAUCCUCAAAUGAAAAUAGAUCAAAAGAUUCUUCCGUUAAUUGUUGAAGACAAGCCUGCGUCGGGAGGCUUGGGACAAAGUUCAUUAUCAUCUAGUUACUAUGUGAGCAACAUAACUGGACUUGGACUCGAUGAAUGGGGUCCAAGCGGUGGCAAAAACAUCCUAAUUAUUACUGCGUUAUCCAUCGUUUCAGGAAUUCUAGCAGCUAUACUAAUUUCGGCUGUUUUUUGUGUUACCAAACCAUGCUCACGAAAUCGUCAUGGAAAUAGAUGCGCAAAUGGAAGACAUGAUAGAUUAAGAAAUAGACCUCCAACGUAUCCAGGAGGUCGAGACUCAAAUAAUGGAAUAAUAGUGGAUGAAAAUGGGUCUUUCAUUAAUGGUACAAUGGAUCAACGAGGUUUUCCAGUUUCUAAUGGUUCUCAUCAUACGACAUUUCAUAGGCCUCCUGGUCCACUUAACGGUGACGUGUGUAUGGACAACUGGUUGCAUCAUGUUAGAGAUAGUCAAGCGAAUUACGGAAAUAUGUCGUUCCCAUUCCAUAGUCCUUCGAAUGAUUCAGAAAACGACAUUUCAAAUGACCAACAUAUUCUCAUAAAUCCCAGGUAUAAUAAUCAAACAGAAAACCAUAUGAAUUAUACACAGAAUGAAACACCGCAAGUUACGUACGAAAACUUGAGGAAUAGUCAACUUCAUGAUAUUCAUAUCUCACCUGAUUUAGCUUCGGCUAAUCUAUCACUUUCCUCCAGAAAUAAUGACCAAGCUGUUGCUGUACGUGUUCUCAAUCAACAAAUGAGUACUGAUGGACUUGAUGAAAUUCAAGAUCAAAUAUUUCUACCCCGAUCCAAUAGACUUUCUGGGAUAACAAUUGGUUAUUCUAAUGAUUCAAUGACUUCAACUUCGAACAGUGCCUUGCCUGCAUUUAAUAUAAAACUGGAUCCUGUAAAUGCUUUUUGUGUUACUAGACCGAUACCGGUAGUGUCUAAAAUUAUAUGCAAUUUCAAUGAAGAUCAAAUGGAUUCUCAGAUAACAGAGAACAGUGAGGCUUUACACGAAGCAAAUCCUAUGAACUCAACACACUUUAAAAUGAAUCUACCUGAUAAUCCUUUGGAUGACAGGUUAAUUAGGCAUCAAGGGAAGAGGUUAGUUACAACAGUACCUAAAUUAGGGACAUUUUACAACUGUAUGACAGUAAGUCACAGAUCAAAUUUAGGUGUUGAACAAAUCAUAUCAUUUGAAGAACAUGCAUCCGAUUCCGGUCGUGGUGGAAGUGAAGAAGAACUAACUGUACAAAAUUGUGAUCCACAUAAGGCAGAAACAAUCAUUUCAAAUAUGAACCCUGAAGAAGGUGUAAGUAUAUGGAAUGAGUCGACUAUUCAAAAUGAUGCAUCACUCAACUCAAACUUAACAGAUAAAUCUGAUGUCAGUUUAAGUAAUCCAUGGUUUGAAACAACCGCCUCACCAAUGGGAUCAGAUUAUCAACGCAAAGAUCCCUUUUGCAUGUCCACAUCAUGA